AUGCUUUUCCGUAGACUUUUCAGUUCUAGCGUUAUUGUUCAAGCGGCUUCGAAGACUUCUCUAAGGAAGACUGUCAAACCCAGUGAAGAGAUACCCGAUGUUAACGCCUUUUUGGGCAGGAUUGGCAGGAAAUGUGAUGAAUUUACUGAUACAUAUGAGAACAAGUGGGAUAACUUGUUUACUUGGGGUGGACCUGUACUAAAAGAAAAAGGUAUUCCAAUUCAACAAAGACGUUACAUAUUGAAUCAAGUUGAGAAACUAAGAAAAGGAGAAGAGAUCAAAGAAAUUAAAAAGGGAAAGAAGUCUUUCUUCGGUGGUGAAAGAAAGAGGAAGGAGACUAUUGCUAAAUGGAGGGCUGAACAAAGAAAUGCGGAGUAA